AUAAAUUUAGUCUAUGACAAAUUUUUAUUGUACAUGGUGAUCUAAAUUUGUUUCAAUUAAUACUAUUCUAUUUCUUUAUUAUUAACAUAAAAUAAAAUAAAAUAAUGGCAAGAAGAACCAUUAAUGCCAUAAAUUGGUCUGGAAUUGCUGAGCGAUUGGCUGAGAAUGAUAAGCCAAUUUUUGCUGCGUUUCGUUCAAAAUCAGAUGGAUUUCUUCGUCGCAUGAAUGACUUCCCAGAAACAGUACCAGCCAUUGAUUGGGAAUAUUAUAGAAAAAAUGUUACUUUGCCCGGUUUGGUUGAUAAUUUUCAGAAACAAUAUGAGUCUUUAAAGAUUCCAUAUCCUGAAGAUAAAUAUACAUCACACGUUGAAGAACAGGAGAAAAUCGCGAUGAAAGCUGUACAAGAUUAUCUGGCUGAAUCAGACAAACAAAUCGCAAAAUGUCAAGUAGCAAUUGAUAAAAUAAAUAAUCUUCUUCCAUUUGACCAAAUGACAAUGGAAGACGCUGUAGAGAUGUUUGAUAUAUUUAAUCCUGAUAAACCAACAAUUUGGCCACAUGAUCCAGAGUUACAACCAACAAGUGAUGAACCAGAACCGAUCCCUAGAGCACACCACUAAUUGAAUGCAAUUAUUUUUUGUGUGGUGUUUAAAAUAAUAGAUUUGAAAAUCUUGAUAUUAUUAAUAAAAUAAUUGUUGCCAAUUAUUUUAUUAAAUUAUUAAGUAGAUAAGAUGAAACAGUACUGUAUUGAUCAGUGUUAAAUAAAAAUAAAUAAUUGUCAAAAUUA